AUGACCCGCUGGGUCAUAGUGCGACUACCUACCGAGCUUGCUUACCCCUCCACCUACGCAACCCAACUUUCUCAAGCUCUGUGGUCGACCUUAGUUUCUAUGACCAAAGGUCGUCUGGUCACCAUGACCACGCCAAAAGUUUCCAACUCUCGUCCUCAGCUGAUUGUACCGGAUCUGGAUAUGCCAGAAAACACGUGUUCUGGAAACAAACGAUCCACUCGAAAAGGGCCUAUCAAUAAGAAAUCUCAGGCCACGGUCAUCAACACUUUUAUGCGGACUAUUUCCCCAAACAGCCACCAUUACUUCCCCGAAGUUUGCGUACAGUCCUUGGGCCCGAACAGCCGCCCCAAAUCCAGGACCACCAAACUCAUUACUUAA